AUGCUAGAAAAUGACGAUCUCAAGUAUUCUAUUCUGGCAUGCAGUGCUGCGCAUCUGCACCAGUCUAGCAACACCCUGUCGCUCCCAGCGGCCCUCGAGUUCUAUCAUCGAGCCGUGAAAGAAGUCAAAAAAUCAGUGCGUCGAGUUCAUCAGAAGGGAGUGCAAAUUGGUGACGGACUUGUCAUGGCAGUUAUGUGUCUUAUCGUGUAUGGAGUUUUGUCACCAGAUCAAGUCUCGACAUUAUUUCACCUGGGAGCCGUUAUUCACAUGCUCAAGUGUAGAAUCAACUACAACGCGCCUAACAACCUCGACGACCGACCGACAACAUUAUUGGAUCUGUAUGUUGUCGACAGCACCUUAUUUCACAUCUUCCGUGUCGCAAUGUGGCAUGCAAACGCGAAUCGCGGCUUCCUAGUCGACACAGAGUUCUGGUCUAUGGCCGAGCGACUGCUGAAGCAUGCGAACGAUGCCGGGACUUAUUCAAGCCUCUACGCCCGCGAACCAGGCUGUCAAAGUGAAAAGACUCUAGCGGGUUUGGAAACUGAGCUCAACUUUUACAAAGCGGCUUCCGAGAACGAGCCUACGAAUGGCUCCCCAUUCAAUACGAAACUCGACUUCUACAGUGCCCAGCCUUCGCUUGCUCACGCCUAUCGGCUUUCGAGUCUUGAGCCAGAAUGGUAUCGGUGUUACCUUGGCUGCUGGCCUGUUUUCAUUUUCGGUUUUUGCGUUUCUGGUACUGAACAUGUCCAAGUCAUCAGACACGAUUUUGAGACCAGGCUUGCGGUGUCCUCAUUGCAAGAAUAUCGGCGUAUGCUGAAUGCCCUGGAAAUCUUUUGGGCGCAUCCCUAUGUCCCGGAGUCCGAACGCCUGUUGUCAAACAAUGCAGGAAGGAUGAUUCAUCCACAGACUGGGCAGAACACUCAAGACAAAUAG